AUCUCGUAUCGCACAUUUGGGUUUUCAACUUUGUCUUUUUAGAAUGUGGUUAGAAGUAUGUUUUACUGAAGAAUGAACAUCAUCAAAUCUAGAGUCUAUAAGAUCCUUUUAGACCUAGAUCAAAUCUAGAUCUAUAUGAUUUCCUGACACAUGUUUCGAUAAAGUAUUUUGGCAAUGCUAAAAAUUUGCUUUUGGCUAGUGUUGAACAUUAGUCUCGUCACUGCAUCAUUAGCAUUGAAACAUGAUGAGACUAACACUAGUAAGAACCAGCAAAGUGAAUUUUCUCAGCAGCCUACAAACUCUUUAAAGAAAGAGUUUAACAUUGUGAAAACUGAAACUGACGUUCACAAUGUGCUACAUGAAAGUGAAUUUACCAGAAAGAAACAAAUCUAUUCCUCCGAUUCGCAUGAACCAAUCAAGAGAAAUGCUAGAAGUGAAUGGUCUAAUGAGCAUCGCAUCGAAAAUGAACCUGCUGUUGGUCUGGGUGUGACAGCAGUAGUCACAGAGUCAGGGAAUAACUCCAGUACUUUGAAUGUUACUGAAAGCCCUACAACAACGCAGGCAAAACCACAUGAAGAGAAGCCUGAUUUGCCAGAGAAAGGUGCUGCAGAAGAAGAGCACCAUAGCAGUUUAACCAUUUUUUUCAUCUUGCUAGUUGUUGCUAUAUCCAUCCUUGUAGUUCACUUGUUGAUUCAGACCAAGUUCCAUUACUUGCCAGACAGCAUUGCCAUUGUACUGAUUGGUGCUUUCAUUGGGCUUGUUUUGAAACUUUUUCAGUUUGGAAACUGGAAGAAAGAGGAGGCUUUUCCACCAAACAUUUUUUUUAUAGUGCUGUUACCGCCUAUCAUCUUUGAAGGAGGCUACAACUUGCACAAGGGUAAUUUUUUUCACAACAUUGGAUCAAUUUUGAUAUUUGCUGUCUUUGGAACUAUCAUCUCUGCUGUAGUUGUUGGUGGUGGUGUCUAUUUGUUGGGACAGGCUCAAGUAGCAUAUCAAUUAGAUGUAGUGGAGAGUUUUGCCUUUGGUUCCCUGGUUUCUGCUGUGGACCCAGUGGCCACAUUGGCCAUUUUUCAAGCUCUAGAUGUUGAUCCCAUAUUGUACAUGUUGGUAUUUGGAGAGUCGAUGUUGAAUGAUGCAGUGUCUAUUGUGUUAACAACGACAAUUUUAGAAUUUUCUUCACCUUCCACUGUGAUAACCAGCGGUGCAGCUGCAUUCUUUCAGGCUGUUUGGAGAUUUUGUUUGAUGUUCUUUGCGUCUGCUGCUAUUGGUGUGGCCUUUGGUCUAGUCAGUGCUAUGAUUACAAAGUUUCUAAAUUUACAUAAAACUCCAUCACUUGAAGUUGGGAUGGUACUUUGUUUUUCUUAUUUACCUUAUGCGUUAGCUGAGGGCAUACAUUUGUCUGGUAUUAUGGCCAUCUUAUUUUGUGGUAUUGUCAUGUCUCACUACACUCACUUGAACCUUUCACCAGUCUCACAGAUAACUGUUCAGCAAACAUUUAGAUCUAUUGCUUUCAUUGCAGAAACCUGUGUUUUUGCUUACCUUGGGCUUGCCAUCUUCAGCUUCAAAGUUCAAGUUAAGCCAGCUUUUACCAUCUGGAGCAUUGUGCUUAUUUUGGUGGGAAGAGCCUUGAAUAUUUUUCCUUUGUCAUUUCUUGUGAACUUCUUCCGUGAACAUAAAAUAACAAGAAAGAAUCAAUUUAUCAUGUGGUUUAGCGGUCUGCGAGGGGCUGUGGCUUUUGCCCUAAGUCUACACAUGGAACUGGAGGAAGAGAAACAUUACAUUGUGGUAACCACCACUCUCAUCAUGGUGCUGUUCACGAUUGUCUUCCUUGGUGGCUCAACGAUGCCUCUGUUGAAGCUUCUUCAAAGAACAGAUAAAAAAUACAAGAAAAGAAAGAAGAAGCAUGAUGCUGAUGUUGCUAUUAGCAAGACAAAAGAAAUGGGGGAUGCCAUAGACUCUGAACAUUUAUCUGAACUAACUGAAGAAGAUGAGAUACACGUUGUUCGACCUCAACUCCGUGGUUUCCUCAAACUGGAUGUACUUUAUCUCAUUCCAUUUUUCACCAAGAGGUUUACUCAGCAGGAAAUGAAAGAAGGCCGUUGCCAGGUAGAUGUUCUAGCUAAUCAAUGGGAAAUGGAGGUUCGUGCUGCUCCUUCUGAGUCUGAGGAUGAUGUUACUGAAUUUGAAACAUCACUUAUUUCUCAGUCAGGCUCAAACAAACUUUUAGCACCAAAUGGAAGCAGUACCCCAAGCAAUGUUUCUUAAACAUUGAUUUUAUAUAUAAAUAUUUUAUUGUUUUGUCUUUCUGAAUCCUAUGGUAAAGAAGCUAGAUCUAGUUUCACUGGGUCCAAUAUAUUUUUGUGAUCUUUAAUAUAUAUUCUGUGAUUGUGCAAUAUUUUUAAGGUCCUUUUUUUCCUGUCUUUUUCUUUUUUCUAUGACUUUUUUUUUUUUACACAACCAAAUUAGUUUGUGUGAGUGUAUAUGUUAGAUUUUGACAUGUAGAGUUUUACUCUAUUGCAAGCUAAUUAUUCAUUAUUUAGUUUUUGGAUUCAAAAUUGUAAUAAAUAAAUUUGCUUUGUUUCUGACAUUAGAAUAUUGGUUGUCAUAGAAAAAUGUUCAUUAUACUUGAAGAAAAUGUUCCAAUUCAUGUUCUAAAGUUAUUUUUGUGUGUUUUAAAUCAAAUGUUUGAUCAAAGUCCAGGUUUACUUUGAAGUUUUUCACUAAUUUACACUGAGCUCUGUAAUACAGUACAGAAAGGAAUGGGUUUCUUUUGGAUCAUAUGAAACAUCAGAUAUUUUCAGCUAAUGGGAGCAAGCUCAUGAUAUGUUGACAGUACUAGGAGUUGUGGGAAGUUUUUGUGUUUUUCACACAUUUAUAUAAAGGGGAUAACCUACGCAGUCAUGAAUGAUAUGUUUAUUUGAUAUUAAUGUUGGUCCAAGGUACCCAUGUUGUAGAACUACACAUCAAAUUGUACCAUAAACUGUUGUAAUGUCCCAUGUGAAUAAAAAAAAAAACAACUUUAUAUUAUUUUAUAUUAUAAGUGGGUCAAAGAUUCUAUUUUUAUAUUGUUAAAAUCUGUAUAUAAAAUUGUGUUACAUUUUAAACAGAUUGUGGGAGAUGUAUUUUUUUAAACAUCAGUUAAAUUGUAAAUAUUUUUGUGUGUAAAUAGCUUAAUAAAAAAGUGGUAUCUUUACAUAAUAAAGGCAUGAGAUUUGUUUUCCAAUUUUGAUUUAAUAAGAUUUAGUGAUUUUCUUGUUUGAUUUUCUUGGGGUAAGAUAGUUAUCCAGAAUUUUUGAAACUUUAUAAAAAUGUCUAUUUAUAAUUAAUCUCUUUUUUGUGUGGAUUCUUGUUAAGGGUUUGACACAUUUUUCAAUCACAGAUUCAAUGUGUCAAAAGCCAAAGCAAUGCUCUGGUAUGAAACUCAUUUUUCUGUUUUUUUUUUCUUGAAAAUCAUUUCCAUUUAAGUCUGGUCUUCAUCCUUUUCUGUCUUAUCUUGCUGCAUUCUUUUUCAAAGGUUGAAUGUCACAUUGAAAAAAAAAAUGAUGUCCUACUUCAAACAAACACAUGUUUAAAAAAAUAUUAGCAGCCAAUCUGAACAAUGGUAUCAAAAUAUUACAUCAUUUACAUUAAUGUUUUUGUAUUAUCAAGACUAUACCAUAUUGCAAACCAAAUUACCAAACAAAUUAUACCACCUCCCCAUCUUUUCACUGCUAUUUGAUGUAAGGUUGCUUAUUGUUUGAGUUCUUUCUCUUUCCCUCUCUGUAAAAUAUUCGCCACAUUUUUCUGAACAUGUAAAUAAUAUCAACUAAAAUCUUCAACCUGUAAUACUUAAAGCAUUUUUAUACUAAUUAUAUGCCCAUAAAAAUUCAAAAUGGGUGGGGAAAAUCCUCUGUAUCACAAGGAGUCACUGUGUGAGACAGCGUGGGAACCUGAUGUGUCACUAUUGUUCAGUCUGUUCAGCAAAUAUUUCAUGUCCAGUAGUAAAUUCAUUCUAUAAAUGUGUGUGAUGGCUGUAGCUCCUUCAACCUACAAGAAAAGUCUAAGCUUAAAAAGCCUUGCAUUUACACAUAAAUUUGACUCUUAUUGGUUUACAUUCUUGAAGUUUUUUACUUAAUUCUUUUGGCCCAUAAUUUGAAACAGAGUUUUGUUUUUUUAUCUUUAUCCUUUUCUUCUAUCCCUUAGUGCAUCUUUAAAGUUUGGUGCCUUUGAUGGAGAAUAAAUGUAGAGUCCUUGAAUAUUUUUUUAUGUAAGUGUCACUGUUUAUUUAUGACAUACAUAUUUUAUGUUAUAUCGGAUGCUGACAGCCAGUCUUCCAGGGUUCUAUGUGAGUUAUCUUUUUGUUUACUUCAGCUAUAGUGUUUCAGUUUAGGAAGUGGUGAACCUUACCUAGUUGGCAGCACACGAUGCGUGAUUCUGGCAGAUCCUGUGACACUUUUGUUUCCCUAACUGCACCAAUUGUGGCCAUUCCUUUUGAUCCAACAGCUGCAUGGUGAAGUGAAAAAUGCUGUGUGGGUGACAACUUUCUGAACCUAGCCAUUGACCAGGCUAUUGUCACUCUAGAAUAGACACACAUUGCCACAACAAGAAGUAGCCUACAAGGCGAAUCAUAUUUUGUAAUGACAGAUGGCUUCUUACUAAUAUAAUUGCUUAAAGUUCUUAAUGAGAAAGACAAUGUUUGCAAUAUAUUAUCUAUUAAACAAGGGUCUGAACCUUUCAAACAAUUUUUUUUAUCAUUAAAAAUUUGUUUAGGCCAACAUUUAAAAAUAAAAAAUGUUGACAUUGUUUUUUUACUUAGCAUAAUGAUGUAUCCCUGAGCUUGAUUCAUCUUCUAUUUUUGAUUCGUGAACAAUUUCUUUAAAGUUACAUCACAGCAAUGACAAUAUUCCUAAGCUAAUUACCAUUUAAUACAGAAAAAAAUGUUAUCAAAUAUAGGAAAACCAAUGACAACUGAACUGAUGAAGAAAAUGUAAGAAAAAGAUAUAUAUUUUUCUUAUUUAGUUAUUCCAUUUGAAAAAUUUCAUUGGAAAGGUUGAUUUGAUGUUUUAAAUAUUUUAUUGGCAUAAUUUUUCAGCUUUCAAGGUAUUUUCUAAAUGAAAUAUUUGCCAAAUUAUUUUUGUAUUUUCUUAUGUCAUUGUUUAUGAAAUGUUGAAUAAAUAUUUCUUUUAACUA